AUGCCCCACAGCCUAGCGACACUGUCCAUCUCAUGCGCGGACACGAUUGGAUGGAUCUGCGCGCUGGCGAUUGAAUACGUCGCAGCGCGUCAGGUCCUCGAUGUCGAACACGAUCGAAGCGGAUACGUUUCGCAGCCAGGUGACAGCAACAGUUACACUUUUGGAUCUAUCGCUUCUCACAAUGUCGUCAUUGCCGUCCUGCCCAGCGGCAAGUAUGGGCUGACCUCGGCCGCGGUUGUUGCGCGAGACAUAUUCCGCUCCUUCCUUCACCUACGAGUCGUUCUCAUGGUGGGUAUUGGAGGCGGUGCCCCGACAGCUAUGCACGACAUCUGUCUCGGGGAUGUGGUGAUCAGCGCGCCGAGCUCGGGAAGAGGAGGCGUGUAUCAAUACGACUUUGGGAAAGCAAUGCAAGGUCGAGGCUUCCAGUCCACUGGGAGCCUGAAUAGGCCCCCCACGUUUGUUCUGACUACGGUCGCUGAGCUGGCCGCUCGCUUAGAAGAAGAUGAUUUGGACCUCGAUGCCGAUGUGGAUAUCUUGCUCUCUCGUCGGCCAAACCUCAAGCAAAAUUACGCACGGCCCGACCAAAGCUCAGACGUGUUGUAUAGCGACACGUAUGCGCACCCUAAUCCGGAUACAGACUGCUCCGAGGCAUGCUUGGCCCACGAAACCGCCAUAGUACCAAGGAACGUUCGCCGCGCGGGACAUCUGAAGCUAGUCGUCAUAAAGGACUCGACUAUGCGGACCAAGAUUGCCAACGAGGCAGACAUCAUGUGCUUCGACAUGGAGGCCGCAGGCUUGAUGGAUCAAAUUCCUUCGUUCAUAAUACGAGGUAUAUGCGACUAUGCCGACAGCCACAAGAACAAAAGGUGGCAAGGCUAUGCCGCAAUGACAGCCGCGACAUAUGCACACCGACUACUAUUGACCCUGCCAUCCGUCGCUUCUGAACAAGAGCUCGCUUCGUUCGAUCUUCCCGGCCAGGAUGAGAGCAGACACGUGUUGCACUCAUCGGCAUGGGUGGUGUCGGUAAAAGUGAAAUCGUACGGGCAUUCGUCCACUCCCCGAUGGCUAUGA